AUGGCCAAUCCUCGAUCCAUGCACUUCUCUGAUAAGUUUGCCAUCAGCUGCGGUACCGUUACGCUCGAUCUACAAGCCCGAAAAGUCCUCAUCAUAUUAUGGCGCAAAAAUGGUGAAUACAUGAUCCCCAAAGGUCGCAAGGACAUCGGCGAAGGGCUCGAGACGACGGCCGUGCGUGAGACAUUCGAAGAAACCGGCUUUCAGUGCCAGCUGCUACCUCAUUCAUUUCCCACGCUUGCAACGACGGAUCCUGUCGAAAAAACCGGCGACGUCGGACAAUCAACUGAGCCAUUCGCGGUAACUCAGCGCACCACAGACGGAAAGUUAAAGAUCAUUUUCUGGUACUUGGCACAGGCAGACUCCACGGCGCCGAAGAUACAUGAUACACAGAUGGAGGACGAGGAUUUUGAUACGGUUUGGGUUGAGGAGGCGAAGGUGCUUGAGAAAUUGACAUAUGAUGAGGACCGAGCAAUCACGAGCAAGGCGAUGGAAUAUUGGAAGGGGCUUUAG